GCCAUAUUGGAACGAGGUCGUGGACGAGAAGUGCGUCAAGCUAGCCGGACGACGGCCCCGUCUCGCAACCGGAAGCGUGGUCCUCGCAGAAAGCCUCGCAGUUACCGCUCCAAAUCUUGGUGGCUGUGAGAGGAUACCAGCAUGAGCCAGGAGUCGCUGGAGUCUGACGGAGACUCUGCUCAGGAUGUGUCCGACUUCAACUGGGAUGAUUAUUUGGAGGAAACUGGUGCUGCUUCUGUACCUCAUCACGCCUUCAAACAUGUGGACCAGGGUCUCCAGACAGGAUUGACUCCAGGCAUGAAGUUAGAGGUGUGUGUGCGCUCGGAGGCUGACAGUCCUUAUUGGGUGGCCAGUAUCAUCACUACAUGUGGCCAGCUGCUGCUGCUCCGCUAUGAAGGAUACCAGGAUAACCGCAGUGCUGACUUCUGGUGUGACAUCAUGACCGCCGACCUACACCCGCUGGGCUGGAGCCGCCAGCAUGGCAAGACCAUGAGAGCCCCAGAGGGUGUGCGUGAAAAGCGCCAGGACUGGGAGGCUUUGCUGGAGAAGGUCCUGGCCGAGGAGUGCAGCGCGCCUGCCAGCCUGCUGGAAACGCCUCAGCGUGGUCGAGACCCAAUGGAGCUGCUGAGCGCCGGGUGCUAUGUGGAGCUGCAGGACAGCGUUGACCCGGGGCUGGCUUGGGCUGCAGAGAUCGACGAGAACGUCGGAGGAAGGCUGAAGCUGCGGCUAUUCGGCACCGAGGGUCUACCGGACACACCCGCAACCCUCUGGCUCUUUUACCUCCACCCACGCCUCCACCCACCCGGCUGGGCUCAAGAGCAUGCCUGCACCCUCAGGCCUCCAUCCGGACUGAUGUCCCUGCGAACAGAAGAAGAGUGGGAGGAGGUGAGGCAGAGGAUUAUUGACCUGCCUCAGGAUGAAGCUCUGACUGCAGAGCUCAGUAAGGACCAGCCUGUCAUCGCUGCACAUUGUUUCAAAGAAGGAAUGAAGUUAGAAGCGGUCGACCCUGCUGCUCCUAUAUCUAUCAGGCCUGCCACUGUCGCCAAGGUGUAUAAUAAGCUAUACUUCCUGGUGACAAUGGAUGACCUUUGUGGCAUUGAGGAGUCUGAAGAUUCUGGGCGGUCUUUCCUGUGCCACAGAAACAGUCCAGGGAUCUUUCCUGCACAGUGGAGUCUCAAAAAUGGACUCCCCCUUAGCCCACCACCAGGGUACCAGGGUCCAGACUUCGACUGGGCAGAUUACCUGAAACACUGUGAAGCCGAGGCAGCUCCUCAACACUGUUUCUCAAAUGAGACGUCUGAACACAGCUUCAAAGAGUCCAUGAAACUGGAGGCUGUCAACCUGCUGUUCCCAGAGAACAUCCACGUGGCAACAGUCACCAGGGUCAAAGGGCAAUACGUUUGGCUCAGCCUGGAAGGACUCAAGCAGCCCAUGCCGGAGUUGAUAGUCCAUGUGGAUUCUUUGGACAUCUUUCCGGUCAGCUGGUGUGAGACAGUUGGCUAUCCUCUUGUGUACCCUAUUAAGCCUGCAGUGGAGAAUGUGAGAAAGAUUGCUGUGGUGCAGCCUGAGAAACACAGAGCUCCACCAAAGUCGUUGUCACCUGACAAUGUAAAGCAGCAGAUGGUUAACCACCCAGAGGCUGGACAGGGGAACGGGAAAUACUGCUGUCCCAAGAUCUACUUCAAUCAUCGCUGUUUCUCCGGGCCAUACCUAAAUAAGGGACGGAUUGCUGAGUUGCCACAGUUCAUCGGACCUGGAAACUGUGUCCUUGUGCUUAAAGAGGUUUUGACUCUGCUCAUUAAUUCUGCAUACAAGCCGAGCCGCGUGUUGAGGGAGCUGCAGCUGGAUCAGGAGAGUCGCUGGCAAGGACAUGGAGAGACUCUCAAAGCCAAAUACAAGGGAAAAAGCUACCGAGCCACAAUGGAAAUAGUUCGCACUGCAGAUUGUGUGGCUGACUUCUGCAGGAAGACCUGCAUUAAGUUAGAGUGCUGCCCAAACCUGUUUGGACCUCGCAUGGUUCUGGAACGCUGCUCGGAGAACUGUUCUGUCCUCACCAAGACCAAAUACACAUAUUACUACGGAAAAAAGAAGAGUAAACGUGUCGGCCGCCCGCCUGGAGGUCACACCAACCUCGAGCCUGGAGUGAAAAGGAGAGCCAGAAGGAGGAAGAGGAGGAAGCAGCUCUUCGUCCAUAAAAAACGGCGCUCUUCAGCCUCUGUUGAUAACACGCCUGCUGGGUCUCCACAGGGCAGUGGUGAGGAAGAAGAUCUUGAUGAAGAUGACUCCCUGAGUGAAGACUCCGGCUCUGAACUGCAAGAUGAUCUCCAGGAUGAUUCCGAGCAGUCCGUAGAAAAGUCUCAGCCCACCACGCCAUCGCCGUCCCCUCCUGCAACGCCCAGACCCACACGGCGGCGCCGGAAACCCCGCUCACCCUCGUUCUCUGAUGACGAGAACCAUCCCCCAUCACCAAAGACGUCCAAAACAGAACCUCCCCAAAAGUUGUGUUUGGACACCAGCCCUCUGGAGUGGAGCGUUACUGAUGUGGUCCGUUUCAUCAGGACAACUGACUGCGCACCUCUCGCACGCAUUUUUAUGGAUCAAGAAAUCGACGGUCAGGCUCUCCUGCUGCUGAACCUGCCAACUGUGCAAGAGUGUAUGGACCUGAAACUGGGGCCGGCCAUCAAGCUGUGUCACCACAUCGAGAGGGUCAAACUGGCAUUUUAUCAACAGUUUGCCACGUAGCUGGAGGACAAUGAACAAAAGACUUAAGUCGUACUUAAAAACAAAACAAAACACUGUAAUAAUGUCCCAUUUUGACAUUUCCUACACUGGAUACCGUCUCGAAUCCUCUAUGUUGUGUUGGAAAACAGUAGAAAGGAGAUUGAUGAAAAAAGUACAUUAAGAUUUUUGGUGUGAAAGAAAUCUGCGCAGGGUUAAUGAAACACUUCCGGUCCAGGCACAAAUAGGGAUGCAACGAUUAAUCACCUUUACUAAUAAGUGUGAUUAAAAAUGCCACAGUUAUUUAAUCGCAAAGGCUUCAUUAUGUUGUAAAUCCUCUACUUGGACAUUAUGCUAGUAAGUUAGAUUCGGCACAACCUUCACGAAACGUUGACAAAGUUACACCAGGCACUAACACGCACCUGUCUAUCUACAUCCAGGUGUAGAUAAGAUAUAAUUAUGUGCAUUUCAGUUAUUAAUUACACAACAUAAAAUAAAUUAUAAAAAAUGAAUAAAUAGGCAUUGAUGAUAACACUUGACUUAAUUUGUCCUAUUUUGAUUAUAAUGAUACAAUUAUUAAUUGAUUAGUUUGUUUAUUAACAAUAUUGGUUGUUUAAAAUGUUAUAUUCUAUACUGGUAUUUUAGUGUUUAUAUUUUUUCUGUCAUUUCAAUCUCUGGAAAGUUUUGAGAUUGUAUACAUAUUUUUGUUGUGAAAUAAAUCAUGAAACAGUGAUUACUUCUCGGACCAUAAUUGUACAGUAUAAAUCCAUAAUCGUUGCAUCCCUAGGCACAAGUGAGGACUGAAAUUAAGAGUUUCCCUGUAGCCUUUGAAUAAGUUUAAAAACCUUUAUUAACUCUCAAGUGUGUUUUGACUCCAAGGUAAUGCAUUUGAACUUUUACAUUUUUGAAAGAAGGCUCAUUAUGUUAUUUGUGUCUUGACUACUCCAAAUCAUCCCAUUUUUUAUUGUUACCAAAAUAUAUUGUCUUAUGUGCAUAGAAAAGAAAUGUUAUUGCCUCUUAUUAUGGUACAUUCACAGAUUCCCUCGUCAACUGUAAAGAUAUUUGGUGAGGAGAUUUGUGUAUAUACCAUAAGUCAUGGCCAGCACUUGAAAUAGUCAAAUCACUUUAAUUUUUAAAAAAAAAUACAAGUUUCACCUCUUAAGUGAAACAUAUUUGACACUUAAAACUGCAUUUGGACACAUUAAUCCCAGUAAGAUGAUUUCCCCCUCCAAAAAGGUUGUUUUAUGAUACAAAGACACUGAAAUGCAGGCACAAGGGACGACAUUGUGACUGCACGGUUGUAUAUAUUGUAUAUGUACGGGAAUAUCUUUAGCGUAACAGGGUAAUUCAAGAAAAAAUGAUUCCGCAAAAUACUCUAAGCCAGUGGUUCUUAACCUGGGUUCGAUCGAACCCUAGGGGUUCGGUGAGUCGGCCUCAGGGGUUUGGUGGAGCCUUUGCCACGGAGGUAAAGACACAUCCGACUAAUCGUGUAAAUAAAAACUUCUCCCUAUCAGCGUAUUAUGGAUACCCCCAAACAAUGUUCCCUCUAGUUUUCCAUCUGAUUUGCAGGUUGUUUGAUCGAUCGAUUGAAACUUUUACCCGCAGAUUGCAAAGGAAGACAAUACAUUAUAUGAAACAGUACAGUUUACACAGUACAGUACAUAUUCCGGAAAAUUGACCACUAAAUGUUAAAACCCGGAUAAGUUUUUCAACUUGUUUAAGUCGGGUUCCAUGUUAAUCAAUUCAUAGUAAUGUGUACAAGGUGUGUAAUUUGUUGUGAGUUUAUGCACUGUGUUGGUUUUGUUCUUUAAACAAGGUGAUGUUCAUGCACGGUUCAUUUUGUGCACCUUUAAAAAAAAAAACAUAUGACUUUUUCUUGAAUUUGAAAAAAAACAUUUUAUUUUUUACUAAAGAAGGAUUCGGGGAAUGCGCAUAUGAAACGGGUGGGGUUCAAUACCUCCAACAAGGUUAAGAACCACUGCUCUAAGCAAUGUGAAAAUGCUCUAAUUAUUCUUAAUAUUUGCACAGAUUGGUAUGAACUAUUGCAAUGGUUAAACAGAGGAAAAUUCAGGUAAAUAUUGGAGCCAAUUCAUGCCAUUAUUUAUUGUUUAUAGAAUUUGUUGAAAAGAUUAGUUGGUACAAUCCCUGGGGACCCUGCAUGACAGGAGCAUCCUUCUCCCUGAGCACACACCUAAGUGAGGCUAGGUGACACUUAAUUAAUGUGAGAAAAAAAUAAUGAAAUUAAAGAUUCAAAGCAGAAAGAUACUUUGUAGAAUGAAAACUUGUUCACUCAUUGAAUUCUUGUUGUGUAAUUCACUGUAAUGUUAUGUUGUGUAUGCAAAAAAACAAAAACUUGUAGAUUAUUUUGUUCUCACCUUUGACGUUACAAAUAUUACAUUUUUAUUUCUUGAUUUAAAAAACACAAACACUGCAAUAAA